AUGGCUUCCGUGAUACCGCUCAUGCCCUUUCUGCGCCCUCUUGGUCUUCCACGACCAUCUACCAUCCGACAACUUCUCUGCUACUCUACCACCUCCAUAUGCCACGCAGAGGCGCAAACAGCAACGCGAACAGCUCGAGUAGAGGAUCCCAAUCUCAUCGCCUCCCGCAAUGCUUCAGCCAGUUACCCCCCAAACACACUCAAGUCAUUACCUCGACCCAAAGAACCACGUGCUUCUCGCCGCGCCAACCACCCAAGAGCCGAGCGCACAUACCCGACACGCCAUCCAACUCAUCAUCCCGUGACCGAACACAAACUCAUCCCUGAGCCGGUGGAACCAUUACCAGCCGAUCAAUGCGCACCUAAUCUGCCAUACUUCGUAACGAGAACGCCGAGCAUGGAGCUACCUGUCUACCAGUUACGGAAGCGAGGAGGCAAUAUGAAGCUAACGAGGGUCAAGAAGGUUGAUGGCAAGGUGGAGAGUCUGCGGGACGAGCUGAGGGCCGCAUUAGGCUUGGGGGAGAAGGAAGCCGUGGUCAAUCCUGUGACGAGGCACGUAAUGCUUAAGGGGCACCUUAAGACGGAGGUUGACAAGUUUUUGAGGGAGAGGAUGUUCUAA